GUGCAUGGAUGACAUUCGUGCAGACGAACCUGCCUGGCAAUGCCCGGUGUGCAACAACAAGCUGCACGACACAGAGGACUGCGCUCGGGGGUGGUUAAGGCUCCGACAGUCCUGUCCAACAUGCCGAUCGGCGGCUUUCGCCCCUCCUGAGGAAGUACCUGCACCUCUCCGCAGUCGACGCCGGCAUCCCCGUGCGCUUUCAGAAGAGGAUUGGCGGUUCAAGAGCUUCUGGGCGGAAGAUCCGACGCCUUUCCUAAAUGCCAUGCGCCAUGAGUCAUGCCCGGCACGCCAGGAGGACGACGAUCGAGACUCUUCCGAAGUGUUGCCUGUGCAGUACGACCAAGAACGUCCAGAGAGACCACUCGGGCGCGCGGUCCGGGUGCCAUCGACAGAAGGUAUCGUUGCCUGGUUUUCCAGCCGGAUCUUCUUCAAGGAGGAGCUUUUGCUCGUCGAGCCGGGUCGGCUCUUCUAUUGGGGCGUUCUUGACGGAGUGGACAGCAAUUGCAUUUUCGUUAACACCGCACUGCUGCAAAACUUGAGCAGCUCUUGCAGAUGCAGCCCUGAUCCCCGGUCCGAG